GAAACCCAAGUUGCUCUCUGCUCCUCCACUUUGUGCUACUGAAGAUGAGGAUUUUAAUGCUACCAACUCAAGCGGGGCUGCAGGUUUCUCCCUGCCCCCUUCCCCCCCAUGAAGGUGAUGGCCUGGAAUUGUCGGGGAUUGGCUUGUGCCCCGACAAUUCGUACUUUACGAGCUCUCAUCAGGAUCAAUAGACCUGAUGUGCUGUUUCUCUCAGAGACUAUGGUGUUGUCUUCCCGUUAUUGGAAUUCUCUCUUUCGCAUGGGUUUUUCUUCUUGGUUGCAAGUCCCUCCAGUUCGUUGUAGAGGAGGUCUCUUUGUGACUUGGAAGCCGGGUUUCUCUUUGGAGCCUAUCUAUCUGGAUCAAAAUCAAAUUUCCUGUCGUGUGGUUUCUGAUCCCUCCCCGUGUUCUUGGUUGAUUUCAUGUGUCUACGCUCCUCAUUCCUUACAGGAUCGUAACACUUUUUGGACUAAUCUUACAAGAGUGGGUUCCUCUUUCGAUGGACCUUGGCUUCUCUUGGGUGAUUUCAAUGCAAUUCUGUCUUCUGCAGACAAAAGAGGUGGUCGAAGUUUUGGGUCUCCCUCCCACUUUGAUUUUGUUGAUUUUGUACACUCUAAUGCUUUAGUUGACUUGGGCUUUGUUGGAAAUAAGUUCACUUGGAGCAAUCAUCGUUUAGGCAGGAACAAUAUUAGAGAGAGGAUUGACCGUGGUUUGGCUAAUCAAGGUUGGGUUCAUCUUUAUCCCAAUUCUCUGAUUAAUCAUCUUUUGGCUUCUAAUUCAGACCACUGUCCUAUUUUGCUAUCCUCUGCUGGUUCCUACCAAAAUAUUCCCAAACCUUUUCGUUUUGAAGCAUUCUGGACACGUGACCGUUCUAGUCAUGGUGUAGUGGCUGAGGCUUGGCUGACAGAUGUGGAAGGUUCUCCAGCUUUCUCUUUGAGCAGAAAGUGGAAUAAUACAAAGGCUGCUCUAAAACACUGGAAUACACAUCAUUUUGGGCACAUUCAAACUCAGAUAAAGAUACUGAUGGCUGAAAUCAAUGGUAUUCAAGCUAGCCCUCACUCGUUGGCUAAUGUGGCAAGGGAAUCUUCUCUUCAAGAGGCUUUGCAGGAGCAACUUCUGAGAGAGGAAGUACUGUGGAAACAAAAAUCCAGAGAGCUGUGGUUAUCCUGUACAGACCUCAAUACCAAAUUCUUCCAUGCUUCCACUACAUGCAGAAGAAGGCGAGAGCUCAACUUCGAAUUCGGGCAUGGCUGCAACAGCAGGAGAUUCAGAUUCAGCCUCCAGUGGGAUUUAUCCUGCAUCGCCUCCAUCUCCAUGUGAAGGUCAUGGAAACACACAAGUAUGUUCCAAAUGUAUGUACAGCAAGUACGCGCCUGAGCCUGAACAGGAGUUUGAGAAGAUUUUGUCACCAACUGAUAUACGAAGCUACAGGCUUUAUUUAAAGAAGUCACGAACUGCCAGAUUCUGCCCCCUAGCGAAUGGAAGUAAUCCGGUGAGUGUCUACGACGUUCAAAUGAAGCGCUGGCCAAUGCGUUGUCGUAGGAGUGGUGGGAAAACUUAUCUCACUCGAGGCUGGAGCCGCUUUGCUAAAGAGAAGAAACUAAGUGAAGGAGAUAGAAUCACAUUUUAUGAGCUGAAUUGCAAGAGAGGAACUGGAAAAAGGGUCUUCAUGAUUGGAGUCUCUCGCAAACAGUGUAUUCAGAUUCUUGGAGCUACAGUCAGAAAGUAGACGAACACCGAAUCUUGAUAGUUUGGCGUUUGUUAUGUAUGAUUUUGAAGUCGAUCAGCGUGUAUUUUUCUGGGUUUUUGUUGUGUUUCAUUUCGA